AGGGACCCAGGCAGAAUAGGAGAAAAAUUGUAAAACAAAAAUUCAAAUUCUCAAAAAAGACCAGAUUUUCCAGUCUGACAGAAACUGGAGGAACCCCCAAGACUGUGGCCCUAAGAUGCCAUUCUGAACUGGAACUGAAGCCAUUCCUGGAGACCACCUUUCAGCCAAACCACAAAAAUGGCCAUAAUAAAAACAAUAAAAAAAAGAAUGAAUAUAUAUGUCCACACAAACAUAGCAAAUGAAUGUUCAUAAACAACAUAAUAAUCAAAAAGUGAAAACAACCCAAGUGUUUAUCAACUGAUGAAGGAUGGGCAAAAGUGUUAUAUCCUUACAAUGGAGUAUUAUUUGGCAAUAAUAAAAAAUAAUGUAUGUCCUGUACAUAACACAACAUAAAUAAAUUUUGAAAACAUUAUGAUAAGGGAAAGAAGCCAGUCACAAAGGAACACAUAUUGUAUGAUUCCAUUUAUAUGAAAAGCCCAGAAUAGGAAAAUCUGCAGGAACAAAAAGUAGAUUAGCAGUUUUCUAGGACAUGGGCAGAAGGAGAAUGGAAGACUGAGGAGUGAUGGCUAAGGGGCAGAGGGUUUCUUUGUGGAGUGAUUAAAAUGUUCUAAAAUUGAUCACGGUGGUUGUUGUACAACUCAGUACAUAUACUAACAACCAUUAAAUGGUAUGCCUUAAAUUGAAGAAAUGUUUGGAAUGUGAAUUAUAUGUCAAUAAAAAUUUUACCAGACACAAAAAGCCUUGAAUCGUUAUAUCCAAAAAAAUGCUGAUGCAACUAUAUAGUUACUUUGUCUUUAGUUCUUGCGUUAAGGAGACUGCUUCACAAGUGGCUUCACUGUUCUUAACACUAUUCUAAAUUCUACUAUAUAACACAGGUCACUUGCAAAUAUUAUAUCAUAGACUCUUAGCUGUGUGAUAGCACUUUCGAUAAAAGAGAUAUUAAGUACACUCAUACAAACACAAGGUCAUCUCCGUAUUGCUUUUUCUACUUGGCACCCACAUUCUCUGCUUAUUCGUAUAAUGUGUUUACUUUGACCUGUAACAGUUGUAUUUUAACUUCUUGAUUGAUUUCUCCUGCGAUAGAAGCAUGAGCAAUGGUGGAAGGAAACAGCAAUUUGACAGCGAGAAUUCACUUAACCAGGAUGUCUGUGAAAUGGAUUUCAGUUCUUCUGCUGAUACAACUGAGUUGUUACUUUAACUCUGGAACUUGUGGGAAAGUGCUGGUGUGGCCAACAGAAUAUAGUCACUGGAUCAAUAUAAAGACAAUACUGGAUGAACUUAUUCAGAGGGGUCAUGAGGUGACUGUUCUAACAUCUUCAGCUUCCAUUCUUAUUGAUUCUAACAAAACAUCUGCCAUUAAUUUUGAGAUUUAUCCUACAUCUGUUACUAAAGAUGAUUUUGAGUUUAUAUUAAUAAAAUUGAUGAAGAAAUUGACAAAUGAUCUGCUGAAAGACAGAUUUUGGGCUUAUUUUUCACUACUACAAGAGAACUUGUGGGAAUUUACUGAUUGUAUUCAAAGGCUCUGUAAAGAUGUAGUUUUCAACAAGAAACUUAUGAUGAAACUUCAAGAAUCAAGCUUCGAUGUUGUUCUUGCAGAUGCCCUUGGUCCUUGUGGUGAACUACUGGCUGAACUACUCAAAAUACCCUUUGUGUAUAGUGUCCGAUUCCUUCCUGGAUAUACAUUUGAAAAAUAUAGCGGAGGACUUUUAACCCCUCCUUCCUAUGUACCUAUUGCUCUGUCAGAAUUACAAGAUCGAAUGACAUUCUUGGAGAGGGUAAAAAAUAUGAUGUAUGUGCUUUAUUUUGAUUUUUGGUUCCAGGCAUUUAAUGAGAAGAAGUGGGAUCAGUUUUACAGUGAAGUACUAGGUAAGCACACUACAUUAUCCGAGACAAUGGGGAAAGCUGAAAUAUGGCUCAUUCGAACCUAUUGGGAUUUUGAAUUCCCACGCCCACUCUUGCCACAUUUCAACUUUGUUGGAGGGCUCCACUGCAAACCUGCCGAUCCCUUGCCUAAGGAAAUAGAAGAGUUUGUCCGGAGCUCUGGAAUACAUGGUGUUGUGGUGUUUACUCUUGGGUCAAUGAUCAGUAACAUCACAGAAGAAAGGGCCAAUACAAUUGCAUCAGCUCUUGCCCAGAUUCCACAAAAGGUGCUAUGGCGAUAUGAUGGCAAGAAACCAGACACCUUAGGACCCAAUACUCAGCUUUAUAAGUGGAUCCCCCAGAAUGACCUUCUUGGUCAUCCAAAGACCAAAGCUUUUAUAACUCAUGGUGGAACCAAUGGCAUCUAUGAGGCUAUCUACCACGGGAUCCCUAUGGUGGGCAUUCCCUUGUUUGCGGAUCAACCUGAUAACAUUGUUCGCAUGAAGGCCAAGGGGGCAGCAGUGAGUCUGGACAUGAACACAAUGACAAGUACAGAUUUGCUCAAUGCUUUGAAGACAGUCAUCAACGAUCCAUCCUACAAAGAGAAUGCUAUGAGGUUAUCAGCCAUUCAUCAUGAUCAGCCUGUUAAGCCCCUGGAUCGAGCCGUCUUCUGGAUCGAGUUUGUCAUGCGCCACAAAGGAGCCAAACACCUUCGCCCAGCUGCCCUCAGCCUCACCUGGUACCAGUACCACUCUUUGGAUGUGAUUGGGUUUCUACUGGCUUGUGUGGUAAUUGUUACUUUUCUUGUCAUAAAAUGUUGCUUGUUUGGUUAUCAAAAGUUUUUUAAAACAGGAAAGAAGAAAAAGACCGAGUAGGCCUCUUUUAAGACCCAGUAACAUUCAACUCAACUCUUAUGGUUCAAGUUGUGGGAAGAUUCACCCCCACACUUUGCAAGAGCUGUGCCUUUUCCCAAUAUUUUACUCUUGGUUAAUUGCCAUGGUGUUAGUUAAUCCAUUCUUCCC